UCUAAUACUAUCGAGUGACGGUGCACAUUUCAAAGGGAGUUUCAUUUACUAAAAUCCUGCCAGUGACCAGCACGAUGGACCCAUUGCGGCGUAAUCCCCUCCUGGAAGUGACCAAGUGCGAGAUGUGCCCCAAUUUGGUGCGCCACUUUCCCACCGGCUUGUGUGUCCGCUGCUUGACUCUCUGGGCCGGAAAGAAACAACUUGACGCAUUGAGACUCACUGUGGACCAAUCGAGGGCCAUCCUUGUGGGCAUGGCCCGCAGUUCGGAUGCCCAGGAUCAGGGCAUCAGCCAAAUGGAUCCCGCGUUCCGACGCGUGAUUGCGGAGAUGCGGCUGCAGCGCCAGCAGAAAAUGGAGCUGUUCCAGAAGAUACGCCACCAGUUCCAGCACUCGGUGCUCACCGCUCCCUUCCACGACGCAAAUCCCAAGUACGAGGUCCAGGAGGACUACUGGAAUGUGCCGGAUAUCGUCGAUCAGGACACCAGGUUGUUUCAGCACGAAGUCGAUCUGCUUGGAGAUAUUCCACAAACGUCUUUCGAGAUCCUGGACCAAAGGAACAAUAAAACGCGAGAAAAUAGAAAAAGAAAAUUGUAGCUAUUAUCCACUUUUAAUAUAAAGGAAAGUACAAACAUCUCUAGGAAAUAUA